AUGUUUGAACACAGCGAAGCGAAUCGGCGAUUGUUCGACCUUGAACCUAUUGUCUCCUUCGCUGAAGCACUCGUCGCGGAAAACUGUCACGUCAUUCACAACAAUUCGUUCCAGACGUUUCCAGAAGGUGGAAUUACGUCGUGGCACCAAGACGAUGCCCUUCACUACAUCGUAACAGAUGGCGAACCGCCAAAGAACAUCCGGUUGCCGGUGCUGCUCUUUACGGCAAAUUACUACCUCACCGAUGUCACUGAAAUUGAACACGGUGGCACAGAGGUUGUCCCAGGUUCACAUCUUUUCGGUGCAUCGCCUCCAAAUCCGAUAGAAGGAACGGAGUGGGAGGAAAAAAUCCAGUACAACCUCGGAAAAGCGGGAAGCGUUAUCAUGUUCAACAAUCAGGUCUGGCAUCGCGGGGGUCCCAAUCAGACCCAGCGCAUCCGAUAUAUCACACAGGUGACGUACGGGCGCCGCCUCAUUGGACACAAAUAUUAUCCGUUUAUGAACUAUAAUAUGCCGGACUCUGUUUACAAAGAUGCGAGUCCGCGUCUGCGCCGCCUACUCGGCUUCCUCAACCACGGUGCCUACGGGUAA